GGAGAUAGAGAAAGAGAGAGGGAGAGAGCGCGCCUGGGCUGAAUUGUGAGUGGCUUACGACACUCAGUGAACAGAAGGUGUUUCUGCAUGCACUGCCAGUGCACUAGUCUGCUGCAAGGGAUCGAGCAUCUCUCUCCUCCCCAUACACCGCGCCUGCCUUCAGCCUCAGCAUCUACAGCCUCCGCAGCCCACAGGAAAUGAGCUUCAUACAAAGAAGACUUUGCUGAAGAUUUGAGUCUUAUUAGACACACUACCAUCAAUUAUCUUUGGAUAUCACUACUAUAUAAAAAAAAAAAAUCAAAAGGGACAGGGAAAAGAAAUGUAGAGCUAUAUGAUGCAGAUCACACAGGUUUUGCAUAAUUGUGAAGAAACGACAACUGACAGAAUGCCAACGAGCUUCAAUCAAUGUACAUUGUGCAGGUCAGUGAUCACUUUAGGUUAUGGAUGGUGAUUUGCGACGACAGAUCGGGAGUCUUUGACAAGAAGGGAGGAAAAGAGGGAGAGUGAGAGUUUGGAGUGGAUUAUUCCCUCCUUCGUGCGUGUUUUCCCCCACUCGUCUCUCCCACAGAUCAGCGCAACAGUCAAUGCAGAGGAGUCGCGGCGAGAGGACAGCGCUCAUGCAUGCAGCCCGGGAAACUUGCACUUCCUACCAGUCUGCUGAAUGCCACUUAGAUUCGCUCUCUUUUUGGCUCUUUCACACGAGGAGAACUAAGACAUUGUAAGUCUGCCAGGAUCUGGUGUCCGAUGAAAAGGAGGGGGGGCUGAAUUUGUACCACACUGGAGUCUUUUUAGUUUCACACAUAAUUAGCGUCGACACAAAGGGAUCAACUGAAUAGAGGUUGUCAGCCUCUGGAAAGGGGAUUUCUUGAUUCUUUAAGUAACAAAUCCCCAUCCAUAUCCUCUAUAAAUACAUAUCAACUGAAAAGACUUGGGGAGUAACAAAUCACAAAAUGUUAAAAUGACCACGAUCUGAAAGAUUCAAUGGACUUUUUCUCUACGACACUGCAGGAUAUUCAUGCUAAUGGAUUUCCUCCUAAUUGGUCUGUACCUAAAGUGGCCACUAAGAAAGCCCCCAGGGCUAAUACUCUGCUCCCUGGGCAUUGUUCUGAAAAUAGUUCCAUUGGUGGGAGGGAGCUGUCCAAGGCCGUGCCGAUGUGACAACAAGCUAUUGUACUGCGAAGGGCUCAACCUGACUGACAUCCCCCAAAACCUGAGCAGUGCCAUUGGUUUGUCCCUGCGCGAGAAUAACAUAUCUGAGCUGCGGGAAGCGGACUUUGUUGGCCUCUCACAGCUUACCUGGCUCUACUUGGAUCAUAACAAUAUUGAGAUUGUGGAGGAGAACGCCUUCGAGAGGCUGAGAAGGGUAAAAGAGUUGGAUCUGAAUACCAACCGGAUAGAGAGCCUGCCAAACGGGACCUUCAGACCUCUGCCCAACCUGCGAAUAUUGGAUUUAUCCUAUAACAGACUUCAAUCCUUGGAGCCAGACCUUUUCCAUGGUCUUAGGAAGCUUACCAAUUUACAUUUGCGCUACAAUGCCCUUAAAUUCAUCCCAGUGCGGAUUUUCCAGGAUUGCAGGAGCAUGCAAUUCCUGGAUCUGGGUUAUAACCAGCUGCAGAGCCUGGCACGUAAUUCAUUUGCCGGACUCUUCAAGCUCACUGAGCUGCAUCUGGAGCACAAUGAGUUGGUGAAAGUUAAUCUGGCCCAUUUCCCCCGUCUCAUAUCCCUACGGACCCUCUACAUGCGCAACAACAAGGCCACCAUUGUGGUCAGCACCCUUGACUGGACCUGGGACCAUUUGGAGAAGAUUGACUUCUCCAACAAUGAGAUUGAGUACAUUGAACCACAUGUGUUCGAGAGUGUACCCAACCUUAAUACUCUUAUGCUGGACUCCAAUAAACUGACUUACAUAGAUCAGAGAAUUUUGGACUCGUGGACAUCCCUGAGCAGUAUCACUCUGACAGGUAAUGACUGGGAAUGCAGCAGGAAUGUCUGUGCCCUGGCUUCCUGGCUUAGCAACUUCCAGGGACAACGUGACAGUGGCCUGUUGUGCGCCAGCCCGGACAUUGCACAGGGUGAGGACAUACUGGAUGCCGUCUAUGCUUUCCAGUUAUGCGAGGACAAUGUAGAAGCAACAACACAGACAUUCACCGCUACCCGAUACCGCGCCAGGGGCUUCAUAUAUGAUGGGCCAACAAGAAAUCCCUAUGACCUGCAGGACGUGGAGGGCGGGGAAGUGGUCACCAACUCCUUAACGGUGACUGCAUCUGCUGAUGACCUGGAGAGUACCAUGCAGAUUCAUAAGGUGGUGACAGGCACCAUGGCCCUCAUUUUCUCCUUCCUGAUCAUGGUUCUCAUGCUCUAUGUGUCCUGGAAAUGUUUCCCAGCAGGCAUCAGGCAGUUAAGGCAGUGCUUCACCAGCCAGCGCCGCAAGCAGAAGCAGAAGCAGACCAUGCAGCAGAUGGCUACAACGUCUGCAUCUGAGUACUACGUUGACUACAAACCCAACCAUAUUGAGGGGGGUCUUGUCAUCAUCAACGAGUAUGGCCCUUGCACAUGCCAGCAGCAGACAUCUCGAGAGUGUGAGGUGUGAUAUCCCACCCAUGUCAUUUUUAAAAAUCAGUGGUUUCAAAGUUUGAAUGGAUAUGGAACACAAGUUAACUUGGCACCUCAUUUUGCUGUGCUUUUAGGAGGAAACUAACAUUUCUCAAGUCUAAAUGGACUAAAAACAGGGAUUUAGUGCUGAUUUCAACGGCCUCAAAGCCUUGUGGGAGAUUUGACACUAACACCUAUGUACUUGAUGCAAAAGAUGUGGAAUAAUUAUGUUGACCUGUCCUGGCUUCUCUUACGAAGAGUGGAUAUUUGAGCUUUAAUGUGUCUUUCUACUUCAGGAUAUUAUAGGACUUUCAAAAGGUAUCAAGGACACCCAGAACAACAUUUUUACUGUGGUAACAAACAUACAAAACUGUAGAGGAAAACAACAAAACAAAUAAACCCUUAAAAAAGAUUAUAUGUAAAAUAUGUUAACAGCAGAAAUGCAGGAGUGGGGAUAAAAUGCAAGAUGUUAUCUUAUUUCUUUUGUAAUCUAUGGAAAAAAAAGAGGAAAAUACAAAUGUUUAAAUAAAUGAAUUGCAAUUUACAGUACUCAUUUUUGCAGGCGAGUUGGAGGGCUGCUUUUUUUUCUUUCUUUUUUUAUGUCUGUGAUUGAAAGACGUUCAGAGACCUCUGCACUAUUGCAGGAUGUAAAUAAGCAGGCCUGUUUCAGAGUGCUUUACUUUAUUUGAAAUGUUAAGCCUCAGUCAAAGGUUCAGAUCUCCUCGUCUCUACCCGAGAUAUAAUCACUGUGCAAAGCUUGAUUGUUAUAGCUGUUGCAGUUGUCCCCCUUGUACCUAUCCUGAAUAGAUUAAGCAAAUUAGCAAAAACAAAGAAGGCUAAUGCGGUAUGAUUGGAUCUCACGUGAUAAAGUCAAACAACUGUAUGCUGUACAAAUAAACAAGGCAAGGAGUGUCUAAGACCUUAAUUCCAUUCACUGCUUCCACAGACAUCACAUAAAACGAGCCUCAACCAAGGGGUUAAAGAAGUGAAUGGCGGCUUUAAACAUUUAAAUCUAAAUGUACUUGAAAUGGGUGUGAUCCUUUUUUUUUUUUUUUUUUUGCAAAUUCUAGAUGCUUAUUUAAGUGUGACAUUAUUUUAAAUGAUGUCCUGGGGUAAGCCAUUGUUAUUGUGUGAGUGAUCACCCUGAUGGAUUGUUAGAUCGUGCUCGCCCCACAUCAGUGGCUACUGCGCUGGUAAAAGCUCAGGGCCUCUGAGGAAAAGGUACAGUCUGCUCCCUAGUGUUCAUACCAGCAGUAGAGAAAAACGAGAUACCGCAGUAACAAGAUCUUGAAUUUCUCUUGCCCCGGCUUUGUGUGUGCUCAUGUAUAUGCCUGUUGCUUUUCUAUAUGCAUUCUCUAAGCUCAGCUCAGGAUUACCACCACAGUAAAAAAUUAUUUGGACUAAACAGCAAAAGCAGACUUAUCCUAAAAUGGGAAAUCUCACUUUGUGAGUCAACACAACACUAGUUAUAAUGAUUGAUUUUUUUAGUAAGCAUAGGGGACAUGCCACUGUGAAUAUGGUGUGUGUGAGGCACUACGUGUGUAUUUGUGUGUGAAUGUGAGUGUAAGUGUGCAUGUAUGUGUACGCAUUUAAAUUUGACCAUUUACGUGGGUGUGAUUUAGGUUUUGUGUCAUCUCCUGAAAAGGUGGAAUUGAGUGUGUUCUGACCAGCUGCAUGUGUGAAGUAUUCAUUUGUCAUGUAUGACUGGGAUAUGCCUUAAAGGGACAAUGCAAGGCUGAGCAAGUAUUUUUACAAUCAAAUCAAACGGUUUUAUUAUAAAUUCCAAAGUCCCGGCCCCUUUGAAUCCUUUAAUACUUUAUAUGAAACUGUUCUAUUUUCAGCACUGUAUUUGAUGCGCAUAUGAAGCUAAGCUAAGCUAAACCAAUAAAAUGUAUUCCUACUGUUGUAAAUCAUACGCAAUGUGACACGCUUCGCCCUUUUCUGAUUAAUCUAGUCAUGCUGAUAUUUAUUUAUUUUGCUGUUUAUGCUUGUUUUCUGUCAGGUGAAGACAUUAACGGUCUGACACUCCUUGGACUACGAUCUUUUCCAUCCCGUUUAUCAUUUAAAGAAGGAUACUGUUCAUGACAUAUUUUGAAGCAAACCCCUAAAUAUGUACAAUUUAAAGGAUUGUCUACUUGACUGCGUGACAGAUUCCUAGAAUCAACAUGAUGUUGAAAUGACAGCAAUGUUCCAUGCAUGGCCGGCAAAGAGAAAAAAAGAAAGAAAAUGUAGCUUUUCAUGAUUCUCUUCUCGAAACAGGUGGAUGGAUUGUGGAAAACAAAAAUGUGCCUUUCACUAACAAUAGCUGUUGACCGUAUCAGCGACGAGGCAACAGGGGAAACAAUGGAGACGAAAAGCGAGUUUUUGAUUACAUUCACCCAUCUCUUUUCUCACGCUGAAUGAAUCUAAGCCAUCCCUCCAAUCAAAGCGCUUCCGUGGCCUAUUUUUAGUCCUUCUAGCUUGUUUUGUAUCAAUAUUGCAUGUUUGUCAUUUCAUCUUGGCGCUGCUGGGAGUUGUUUUGAAAUCCCUUUCCCCUUAAUUAUUAUUAUUUACCAUUUUUUCUUCAGGAAGGAAAUGAAUAUUUGAAGUGGCGGGAGAUUUCGUUUAAUCUGAGGCUUUCUCCUCCUCCUUAUGUGGCUUACAAACCCUUCUGCCCUCAAACUCUAACUAGAGUUACUGCUCUGACAAUUAACUCUAAUAAUUAAUACCGUUAUUGACGAGGCUUGAGGUAGAUCGAUACGGAUAGCUUUUAGCCAAUUACAGACUUUCUCGCUUGUAACUUUUCCAGGCAAAAAUAAAUUAAAUAAAUAAUCUUGUGUUAGUGUUGACAGAGAGAAAGAUAGGGGAUGUUGGGGGUUGGGGGAAUAUGGUUUAUUUAUACAACAAUCUUUUAUUAAUAUUUUGGCUAAUUAGUAUGUGGAGAACUUGGCUAGAUGCCCAGUACUAUCAGAAAAGAAAUGGUCAAUCACUAGACAUGAAUUCAAGCAGGAGCGAGCCUUUGGAUCUGUGGGAAAGUAGUUGUGCCAAGCGGUAGGGGGCAAGACAUUAGCUUUUGACCUUGUUAGCCUGAGCGUCCAUGUGUGUGUAUGUGUGUGCAUGGAGUAUACAAGUAGCAGCUGAAUAUGGAGAUCUCAAGUGAGUACUAUGGUGUUGUACAGCACUGAGUUAAAGAGGGUCAACAGUGGUAAACAAAGCAAAAUUACAAGAUGCUACAAACAACUACAAGAGCUAAAACAAAUUCUAUGCAAAUCAUGUGGGUCAAUCAAAGCAAAUAAUCGGAUUAAUCUCACAGAUUUAAGUGUGCACUUUAAAUCAAACAGUGUGACCACAGUGUUACAAGACUAUAGAAAAGAAAAAAAGAAAAAACGAAAAACUAUUUAACU